AUGAUCAUGGGGUUACACAGAAGAUCAUCAGGAAAGCUUGUGUUUGAUUCUUUUCGAAGUUUGAUCUCUUCGAGGAUCAACAUUACACCCAAAACCCACCUCGAACACUUGUUGAUUCCUGCAUGGAAUAAUAGAACUAAAUUUUCAUCGUAUUCUCUUGCAUCACAGAGACUAGGGCUAGGCUUACGAGGUAGAUCCAACAGGAACAUAUCUAAUCCAUAUCUCAACGAGGCUCGGAGAUUUUACUACGUGGAUCAUCAGUACAAUAAUGUGAAGCAACAUCGUAAGUCACGAGGUCUUAAACGGUGGUUCCUUGUGGGUUUCUUGAUCAUAGUAACAUGUUUUUCAGGGCUUGUUGUGAAGACAUACUAUGAUCUUGCGGAAGGUGUUCCAUUUCACGAUCGGACUCGUUUAAUUAUGUUCCCAGAGUCUAAGAUUACGACCCUUGAAGAGAUGUAUUUCAAGAGAAGAAACUCGUUUGAAGGGAGAAUAUUGCCUGAUACCGACCAUGAAAGCGUUCGUGUCAGAAGGAUAGCUCAGGACAUGAUUGAUGUGUUAUUAUCUAAGAAGGACGAGAUGAUGAUGAGUCAACAUGGCAGAAAAACAAAAAGGUCAAAACUUGGUGGUGAGCUAUGUUUGGAUAAACUGAAGUGGGAAGUGAUAGUGGUGAGUGGUUCUGAAGAUCCCUUUUCUCUACCGUGUGGGAAGAUUGUGGUGUCUGAUUCCAUGCUUCAGCAUCUCACAAGUGACUCGGAGGUAGCAUUCAUCCUUGGACGUCAGAUUGGGCAUAUUGUGGCUCGAUAUUCAGCUGAAAACUUCACACAAGCUGGUUGCACCAUUAUUCUACAGUCCGUACUCGAGCCAAUUGGCUUGUGGAAUGCAUUCAAACGUCGCUAUACUGCUGUUGUCGUGCGUAUCCUUCACAAGCAAGUAUUUGAAGCAGAUUACAUUGGGAUGUGGUUAAGUGCUUCGGCUGGAUAUGAUCCCAGGGAGGCUCCGAAGUUGUUGGAGAGGAUGGAGGAGUUACGGAAGGACAACAUUCGUACACAACCAAGUCCAAAAUCUAGGGCAGAAUUUCUGAUACAGCCUGAGAUUAUGAGAGAGCCUCUUUCUAUAUACCUACGAGAAUGUCAAACUAGGACUUGAUAAAUGAGGUUUGGAAAAGGAUUUACGGA